AUGGCCUCGCAGGCCGAUCCUCCCUCACGAUCGCAAGCACGUCAGGAAGAGGCACAGACCGAUGCCGGCAUCGACAUCGACCUCAGCCUGCAGCCAAUGUCCACAAGCCCUACAGCCGAGAAGCACCAAACGCGGAUGACCAUGGCCGAGUUCCUCCAGGACGACACGGCUGUUUCCGAGCAGGAAUCGCCCGGCCAGGCCCGCGCACAUCCAUCGAGCUUCUCGGGGUCGGAUGUCGUCGGUGCUUCUCCGAGCAGCCACCAGUCCACACCCGGCAGCAUCGGCAUCGCCGCCAGGGCCAGCCUAUCGAUCAGCAACAGCCCCGUGGGCGACAUGCUGGCACACCUCUCCGAGUCGGCCAAGCGGCGCAAGAUCCGCAGCACCAUCUCGGAUGCGAUGGCUCUCAGGUCGCCGUCGUACAUGGUCCUCGAGGAUCUCGCAGACGACUACAGCAGAAGACGCGACCACAGAGACGGCGAACAACCGGCAGAACAACACUCGCCGACCAGCGCAGCAAUUCCCGCAGAUACUGGGUCGGAGAGAAAUGGCGUGCGCGAUGACCUAGACAACACGCGACGGCGCCGCAGCAUGGCGUCCGAUGUCGGCCGGGCGAUCAAGACGAAGCUGUCCCUGGCAAAGUCGCUCGGCCUCAGUAACUCGAGGCGCUCGACUGCCUCGAGUCCCGGAAGCAAGACGAUGCUUGGCGAGGCCAUGGGCCUGCAAGCGAUGCCCAAGCGGCCGCUGAGCGCCGAGCUUGGCCUCGAACGCACAAGCAAGGCAAACAAAGAAGGCGCCGCCGCUUCCGACACCAGCUACGCAGCCAGCACGAUCGGGGCCGCGACCGCAACUGCGAUUGCGGCGACGCCAUGGACGCUUGGCCAUGCGAGAUCGCCGGGCGAGAGCACGUCGUCGAGCCAUCGUCGGCAGGACACGCUCGGGUCGAUCAGCGUGCUGAGCAGCUGCCUUUCCGAGGAGAUUGUCAUCUCGCCCGACCCUUCGCCGCAGAAGCCGCGCGAGGUGGAGCACGUCGGGCUGGAGCCAGAGGUGCCGCCCUGCCUGGUCCCGCCUGCCGGGCUGGGCGAGCCGCUCGAGGCGGUGGCAGAGGAGGAAGAGCACUUGCACGAUGAUGAAGAAAGCCACUCGGCAAGACAAGACGAGGGGUCAUCGUCGUCGACGGCGGGCAUCGUGGGCGUCUACGGCAGUGGCGUGCCUCUGGACCGCAACCCGCUGUCGUUCUUCCGCGAGCACUUUCCCGUGCGCAUCCUUUCGCCGGUGCUGGAGGCGACCGAGGACACGUCGUGGGGCGCGAGGAGCCGGGUGGCGAGCCUGCUGUCGCUGAGCCCUGUCUCGGCUUGGGGAAGGUCGAUUGGCGGCACCCCCGUGCGCGGCGACGACGCGCUGUCGCUGGCAUCCAAUCUGCAGCACAGCGCCACGCACGGCGACCGCGGCAGCCCUGCCAGUCGACGGUCGCCGCCGUCGCUGGAGCUGUCGAUGCCGGAGCCUGCGGUGGCCCACGACGACGCGGUGCCUCGCACGCCCGCCGAGGACUCGUGGCAAGGCGGCGGCGGGCUGGCGGCAGGGAGGGUGCAGGCGUCGCGGACUGAUUCGAGGCGGACCAAGGGCAAGCGACGCUCAACGUCGUCGCUGCAGCUGCUGGCGUCGUCGGGAGCAGCUGCCGUGUCUGGAUGGAAGGACGUGCGGCGGCGCAGCGCAGCUUCGGGCGACACGAGCGACGGUACGGUCAAGCGACGGUCGGUGCUAUCUACGCCGCUCGGGGAGCUGCGUUUGAAGCUCAAGAAGCUCGAGAGGAGAUCAAGCCUGCUGGGCCGAGGCGCAAGCGGCGAGCGGUUCGGGACGAUGACGUUGGCAGACCAGGUGCGCCGACCGAAGAAGCCGCGCAAGGCACGAGGACGAGUCGCGGUGAUGAUCGAGAGGCACCAGUUUUGCGUCAUCGACGACGACGACUCGUUUGUCAAGAUUGUGCGCGCUCCGGGGGGCGAGGCUGCUCGUCCGUAG